AGGUCCCCUUUCCCGCGGUCUGAUUCUCAGACUCUCGCUCAGCCGCUGCGCUAUGCGCGGCACCGCUCUCCCAUUCCUGCCGACCGGCUCUGGGCGCCCUGGGGUGACCGUGGCGUCCUCAAGCCCGCCUCGCCCUCAGGCAGGGCAUCUGGAGCUUCGGCUCAUCAGGGCCUCAUGUUCCGGUGCAGCGCCAGCUGCUGUGAGGACAGCCAGGCUUCCAUGCAGCAGGUGCACCAGUGCAUUGAGCGCUGCCAUGCCCCGCUGGCUCAAGCCCAGGCCUUGGUGACCAGUGAGUUGGAGAAGUUCCAGGACCGUCUGGCCCGGUGUACCAUGCACUGCAACGACAAAGCCAAAGAUUCAAUAGAUGCUGGGAGUAAAGAGCUUCAGGUGAAGCGGCAGCUGGACAGUUGUGUGACCAAGUGUGUGGAUGACCACAUGCACCUCAUCCCAACUAUGACCAAGAAGAUGAAAGAGUCUCUCUCAUCCAUUGGGAAAUAAAAGUUCUUGCCAGUGGCCAUUAGGGCUGAGAGCAGGAAUCUAUUUUAAAAGAGGAAUGGGAAUUUUAGUCUUAAGCAAAGUUGAUAAAUGAAGAAACUAAGGAUGGCAACAAGUUUAAGGCAUAUAAAACUUGACUCUAGACACUGAUUCCUUUAUGUUUUGAUCCAAGGAAGUGAAAUGGAAAAAAAAAUGGUGCUAAAAUUUGAGUGAAAGGAGAGCUUUUAGAGGCUAAACUUCACAUUGGCAAGUGGUUGUCCUGAGAGUAGAGAGCUCCCUUGUACCAAGCCAGAGCCCUCCAAGCAGCAGAUUCUUACAACACAGGUACCAACAGGAUAGCAGGUUCUUCUGGACUGCCAGUGACCUGGUGGAGUUUGAAGAGAGGUGUGUGUUUGUUGCCAACCUCUUAUUUACCAGAAGUAUCAUACCAUUUUCCAUAAGCCGUAAAACAAAAUCCAGGAGAUCAAUAAUCUAGAAGGGGGAAAAGGUUUCCAGGUCUUUAUUUUGUUUGGUAGUUUUUAUAUACAAGGCAUUAAGUGGAUUUAAGAUAUGAAUUUGAGAGGAAGAGUAGUUCGGAUAAGAACUUGGAAAGAUUCCUUGUGUAUACCCUUUAUGGCCAUCAAGAUAUGGAUUUCUUCAAAUUCUUUUUGCAUCUCUCAGCUAGAAGACCACUGCAAAAGCAGACUGGCGAUGUCACAUUAAGUAUAGAAAGCAGAGCUUCCACCACCAGCGUAUGUGCCCUGAGGCUUUCUACAGUAAAGUGACAGGAUAAUCUUUCCCCCUUGAAGAGAAAGGAAUUUUGAUUGUGAUACAUAUACCAGUAUCUGGAAAUAGUAAAAUAGUGACUGUUUCCUAGAUGAAAGUUAUGAAGUACUGUACUUGGAAGGAAAAAAAUGGUUUUCACAGAACAGAAGCCUAAAUCCAGCAUUGCUUACUUAGUUCCCUGAAUUAACAGAGCCUUACUGAUAUAAUCCCCUGACAAUAGGAAAGUCAAAAAGUAAACAGCUUGGACUAGGACAAGCUGUGACACACACAGACAGACACACACACACCCCUCUUUGAAAGCAAAGGAGGGGCACCCCACACAGAACCCUUUACCAAAUACCAUUUUGCCUGGGGCCUUUGCAACAUGCAAUGUUCUUCUUGCCCCAGCAUCGCACCUUAUCUUCUGAAUAAGGAGCAUGUUGUCUUUUUAUCAACUUAUUACUUGAAAUGAUAAUAUAGCCUGUCUGUUUGCUCUGUCAAGGCUGUGAUAUAUUUUCCUAGUGGUUUGGUUUUAAAAUAAAUCGUUUCAUUGUCUCCCU